UAAACACGUACCUUUAUGUGGCAUUGCCUUCUAAUAAAAGCCUUUUCUGUGGCUAACGUUUUAGUCAUAACAACUUUCUAGCUCCCUAAAGCUAACGUUAGCAAGCUAAGUUAACCGGUAACAUUGCUCCCCCAGCUAAACGUUACAGGGUUACAUGUGAGCCUCUGAGCUUGGCACCAGCUGUCAUUCAUAACCUCCAGUUAUACAUCUGAGUCUGGUGAGGUGCAGCCUACAAAUACAGCAUGUCCUCCCAGGAAGGUAUCACUGCAGAACCAGGCCCUACAACAGUGGGACCAUCUACCUCCUCCUCCACUGAGAAUGAUGCCACCACCGGGGAGGUCAUCACUGUCACCAUUGGUGCGACUGUGCCUACAGGAUUUGAGCACACUGCUGCAGAAGAGGUCAAGGAGAAAAUUGGGGUUGAUGCCCGAAUCAGCAAAGACAGGGGUCGCAUCUACUUUCCGAUAACCACUGACAAGCUUUUUCAGGCCCAUCUUUUAAAGUCUGUGGACAACCUGUUUGUUGUGGUUGAGGAAUAUGAUCAUUACCAAUUCAAAGAAUCAAAGGAGGAGACAUUGAUGGAGAUGCAGCAGCUCGCCUCCGAACUCCCCUGGACUAAUGCCUUAGAGGUGUGGAAACUAAAUGGCACCCUGAAAAAAAAGAAAGGUUACCGGAAAGGAGGAAAUGGCACCAAAGGAAAAUCUAAUAGUGAGGCCACUGAUCCAACUGUGGCUGACACUGAGCAGCAAGAGCUUCCUCAGGCGGCGUCUGCUGCUGAAAGCCAGACGAAGGCAGAGAGCACGUCUGACACGGAGACCAGCACACAGGACUCAGAAGAGGCAGAACCUGAGGCCAAACUCAUCAAGUUUCGUGUGACUUGCAACAGGGCUGGUGAUAAACACAGCUUUUCCUCUAAUGAGGCAGCCAGAGACUUUGGUGGAGCUGUGCAAGAAUUCUUCCAGUGGAAAGCAGACAUGACAAAGUUUGACAUAGAGGUGUUACUAAACAUACACAAUGUAGAGGUGGUGAUCGGCAUUGCACUCACAGAAGAGAGUCUUCACAGGAGGAACAUCAGUCACUUUGGACCCACCACUCUGCGGUCUACCUUGUGUUAUGGCAUGCUCAGGCUUUGUCAACCUCAGACAUCAGAUAUAAUACUGGAUCCGAUGUGUGGGACUGGAGCUAUACCAUUAGAGGGGGCCAUUGAAUUUAACAGUUCAUUCUACAUUGCCGGUGACAACCAUGACAUGGCAGUUAACCGCACAGUAAAUAAUGUAUGUCACAUACAGAAACGGAGGGCAGACAAAGGCAGUGCUUCUGGAUUGCCCAUUGACACAGUACGUUGGGAUCUUUGCAAUUUACCCAUGAGGACCGGCUCUGUCGACAUUGUAAUCACUGACAUGCCCUUUGGGAAGAGAAUGGGCUCAAGGAAGAACAACUGGGACCUGUACCCCUCCUGUCUGAGAGAAAUGGCCCGUGUGUGCACACCGGGCACAGGGAAGGCUGUCUUGUUGACUCAGGACAAGAAGUGCUUUGCAAAGGCAAUCUCGAGGAUGGGAGGACUGUGGAAGAGGCUGCAUACUGUUUGGGUCAAUGUCGGGGGUUUACAUGCUGGAGUCUACCUCCUCAAGCGGACCAGUGCCGUGUUUGGCCAAACUCCGGAGGAUGUCUAUGAAUCAAGAGGAACAGUUAAGGCUCAAGGGGAAGAGAAGGGCGACAAGGAGCUCUCUUAAUUCACAUCCUGCGUUUAAGUUCUGAGUUUAUAUUUGAGGCCAUGUAGGAUCAACAUUAUUUAUAUUCUCUUUAACAAUUCACUUUUUU